UUCUAGAAGAGUGAGACCACUAUGGCUUGGGCCAAGUUUGUUGUCCUGUCCUCACUAGUCCUGGGGCUGCCAGUGCUGGGAUUGGCAAAGUUUGAUGUGGACUCCCUGGCCUUGAAGUUCCAAUGGCAGCACAUUGACCCAACACUUCCCCGCAGCAGCACCUAUUGCAACCAAAAGAUGGAAGAGCAGGAUAUGACACAGGGCUGCAAGCCACUGAACACCUUUGUGCAUGAACCUUUAGAAAAGGUUCAGGCAGUCUGCUUCCAAGAGAAUGUCAUCUGCAAGGACGGCCAAACCAACUGCUACUGGAGCAAGUGCAAAAUGCAUACCACAGAUUGCCACCUGUUGAAUCCAUCCAUGUACCCUAACUGCAGGUACCAGACCUUUCAGAAAGACAGAUACAUCAUUGUGGCCUGCCAGGGGAACCCAUUUGUGCCUGUCCACUAUGAAACUUCAGAGGAGUAAGGCCAGAGCAAAAUGGAAUGCUUUCCCCCGUCUUCAGCCUAGUCCCA